UUUCCUCCUCUUUACUGAUCUGUUCCGCGCCUUUCUUGAGGGAACGUUUUAGGAAUGGUCAUUUUUAGCAGUGAAAUCUGCUGCGCGAAGGAGGAUUAUAACAAAUCUCUAUGAAUGCUAAACUCGAUUGCUAAACCUUGCCUUGACCAACCUUCUGACCCUCGGAGAGCUCUCUCAGGGUGCGCGUGGGAGGGAAAGAACAAUCUUCCCAUUUGAAAAUAAACUUGGAAAAAAAAAAGACUAAUUUUUUUUUUUUGGACAGACUAACUGCUUUAUAAUUCUUUUUUUUUUUUUUAAUUUCCUUUUUCUUGUUUUGUGAUAAGUUGUUUUAAAAAGGAUUGUCUUACAUGGUGGUUUUGUAACUGAUGGAGGAAGCUGAAGGAAGGAUCCCUGUCAAGCGUUUCUGAUGUGACAGCUUUGGUUUCUGAGGAGUUAAGUGGUGUUUGCAUGAUACACCUAUUGCUAGCCUGGUAGAGACUCUUUUUUCAUCUUUUUAUUUGCUUUUUUUAAUUAACUGGGGCUGGUGGAGAGGGCUGUCUUGGUCGGAAGACUGUUUGCACACAUUUAUAUAUUGUAUAUAUUUUUGGUGGGGUUCUCCCCACAUUUUACUCUCCCUUGAUGACUCCUGGAGGUAGUAGUGGGCCCAUGAAAGACUGUGAAUACAGUCAGAUCAGCACACACAGCUCUUCGUCUCCCAUGGAGUCUCCCCAUAAGAAAAAGAAAUCGGUUCCCAAGAGAAAAUGGGAGGUUUUUCCUGGAAGAAACAAAUUCUUCUGCAAUGGGAGGAUAAUGAUGGCUCGACAGACUGGAGUCUUCUAUCUGACUCUUGUUCUCAUCUUGGUCACCAGUGGACUCUUCUUUGCAUUUGACUGCCCAUAUUUGUCAGAGAAGAUUACACCUGCUAUACCUGCAAUUGGUGGGAUUCUUUUCUUUUUCGUGAUGGGGACCCUGCUGCGCACUAGUUUCAGUGAUCCUGGUGUCCUCCCACGUGCAACACCAGAUGAAGCAGCAGAUCUAGAGAGACAAAUAGGUAACACUGAAGAUAUUGCAAAUGGCUCCAGUUCAGGAGGAUAUCGCCCUCCUCCCAGAACAAAAGAAGUGAUCAUCAAUGGACAGACAGUGAAAUUAAAAUACUGUUUUACUUGCAAGAUUUUCCGCCCACCUCGUGCCUCACAUUGCAGCCUUUGUGAUAACUGCGUAGAACGGUUUGAUCACCACUGUCCCUGGGUAGGCAACUGUGUGGGGAAAAGAAACUACAGAUUUUUUUAUAUGUUUAUUUUAUCUCUGUCCUUUCUGACAGUCUUUAUAUUUGCAUUCGUUAUCACCCACGUCAUCCUUCGUUCUCAACAAACAGGGUUCCUCAAUGCCUUGAAGGACAGUCCUGCAAGUGUGCUGGAAGCUGUGGUGUGUUUUUUCUCAGUAUGGUCUAUUGUUGGCCUCUCAGGUUUUCAUACGUAUUUGAUCAGCUCCAAUCAAACAACAAAUGAAGAUAUUAAAGGAUCAUGGUCAAAUAAAAGAGGUAAAGAAAACUAUAAUCCAUAUAGUUAUGGCAACAUCUUUACAAAUUGCUGUGCUGCACUCUGUGGGCCCCUCUCUCCAAGCUUAAUUGACAGAAGAGGAUUUAUACAUCCAGAUACACCGCAAUUAGCAGGACCAGCAAAUGGCAUUACUAUGUAUGGGGCCACACAAUCUCAGAGCAACAUGUGUGACCAAGAUCAGUGCAUUCAGAGCACUAAAUUCGUUUUGCAGGCUGCUGCCACCCCCCUACUACAGAGUGAGCCAAGCAUAACUAGUGAAGAGCUACCUUUACCAGGAAAGACUUCUAUCAGUGGGCCUUGUGCAAGUCUAACUCUAGGGCAACCAACACCACCAUCUUCUAUGCCAAAUCUCACAUCAGAUACAGGUUUGACAGACAUGAUACCAUUAAAAGAGGAACACGAAGGUCAUCAGUUUCUCACUCCUGAAGAAGCUCCAUCACCCCCUGGGAUGCUGCCAAGUGGAAGUCCUAUUGCACACAGCCAUACAAUGCACGUCCUGAGUCUAGCCAGCCAGGAUUCAUUGCAUGAAGACUCAGUACGUGGUCUCGUGAAGCUUAGCUCAGUUUGAACAGCUUUUUUGAAUAUUGCACCAUUUCUUGGUGGCUAUAUAAAUAUCUUCUUAACAGGAAUGACGCUGCAGUACCACUGUAAGACUUCAUAACAUGCCUACAAUGGAAACUUUAUUGCCUAAUGGAGUGUACUAAAAAGACAAGUUAUUUUUUUCAGUGGAGCUAUGGCAUUUUUUUUUUAUCAGGUGGUUAAUGGUUGUGCUAUGAUGGUGGCUGCAUUUUAUUUUUAAACAGAACCAGAAGUGGUCAAUAAUCUUGUUUCCUGAAGCUUGGGUACAGCAAGUUGGAAGUCAGCCUGUAACAAACACCAUAUACAGUAUAAAAGAGAGAGAUUCUUGGGUGCAAGUGUCAUGCUCUGUGUUCUAUGCUCUUGUAAUACACACUUGUUAAGGCUUACCACACUUGUGGCCAGAAUGAUCUGCACUUACAUGUUAUGCUACUAAUAUUUGAGAUAGAAAAUUACCAUUCCAUUUGUUAAUAAAAGAAAAAAAAAGACUGCAGAUAAGGAUUUGCAUGCCACGCUACAGUAUGUGUUACAGUGGUGUUGGUAUUAAGAGAAAGUGCUGCUUUUUUUAUUUGUGACUUUCAAGUGCUGUUUCACUUAAAGACAGUGCAACAAAGGAAUUAAUGGACUACAUGAAUUUUCUUUUUUCAAUUUAUGAAAGUUUAUUUUAAAUUAAUCAGUGGUGCCUAGAAGAUGGAGAAUUACUGAUUUGAUCAUGUUGCAUAUCAUUUAACCCUCUGUUUAAGUGUUUAGAGUGAGGUAUUGUGUUGUGCCAUACCACGGAAUUCUUCCACUCCCUAAUGUGAUACAAUUACCUGUGGACCUCCAAUAAAAUGACAUCCUCUAUUUCAUGGA